AGCCAGCACUGCGCAAACCACCUCUUUGGCCUGAAUUGCGCAAGGCUCACGGCAGCACACUCUCCUCCUACUGCUCCAUUAACGAGCAGCCGGUGGCGCGCAAACGCCAAAGCGAUCGGGACGCAUGGCUCAGAUGCUCUCCGCCGUGGCCAUAGUGGGCGCCGCCUCGGCCGGGUCGCCCAUUGUGACGAAGCAGCUCGUCGGCGUGGAUGCGCCGGCGUCGGGCAUCACGGUCGUGUCGAGACAGGAAGUGCGUCCGGACGUCGCGUCGGCGGCCGGGGACCUUACGCUGUCCAUCUCCGACCUGCCCAUGCUGUCGUGCCACUACAUCCAGAAGGGCCUCUUCUUCCCCGCUCCCGGCGCGCCCAUGGCUUCCCUUGUUUCGCUGCUCGUGUCUUCGCUGUCUCGGGCGCUCGCCAUCUUUCCAGCCCUCGCCGGCCGCCUUGUCACGCUCCCCGAUGAUCGCGUUGUCAUCCGCUGCAACGACGCCGGCGUCGAGUUCCGCCACGCCGUCGCGCCGACCCUGUCGCUGGAUGAUUUCAUCGUACCCGACGCCGACGUCCCGACCAAGCUGACGAAGGACCUGUUCCCCAUGGACCGCACCGUGAGCUACGACGGUCACCGCCGUCCGCUCACGUCGUUCCAGCUCACUGUGCUUGGCGACGGCACCGUCUUCAUCGGCAUCGUUGCAAACCACGCCGUCGUGGACGGCACCUCCUUUUGGCACUUCUUUAAUACAUGGGCCAACCUUUGCCGUGGCGCGUCACCCAAGCUGCCGGAUUUCCGCCGCAACUUUUUUGGGGAGUCAACCGCCGUCCUCCGCUUUCCAGGAGGCGUGGGCCCGGCAGUGACCUUCGACGCGGACGCGCCUCUCCGCGAGCGCAUCUUUCACUUCAGCGCGGAUGCGGUUCGCGAGCUCAAGGCAACUGCCAACCGUCGCCCAAGCGGCGGUGAAGACGCCGAGGUCUACGGCAAGAUGGCACAUGAUCCGAAGAAUCCCGAAGGGCUCUCGGUGAUCUCGUCGUUCCAGUCUCUGUGCGCGCAGAUAUGGCUCUCCGUGACGCGCGCUCGUCACCGGCUGGCGGCUGACGCGACGGCCACGUUCCGCAUGGCGGUGAACUGCCGGCACAGGGUGCGCCCCACGGUCUCCCCGGUCUACUUCGGCAACGCCAUCCAGAGCGCAGUGACCACGGCCACGGUGGCCGAGCUGGCGUCCAACGACCUUCGUUGGGCGGCGGCCAGACUCAACGCGAGCCUGGCGGCGUACGACGACGGCGCGAUACGACGCGCUGCCUCGGCGUGGCAGGCUGCUCCCCGGUGCUUCCCGCUGGGUAACCCGGACGGCGCGGUGAUCACGAUGGGCAGCUCGAACCGGUUCCCCAUGUACGAGGGCAACGACUUCGGGUGGGGUCGCCCCCUCGCGGUGCGGAGCGGGCGCGCCAACAAGUUCGACGGCAAGAUGUCGGCGUUCCCAGCCCGCGCCGGGGACGGCAGCGUGGACAUUGAGGUGUGCCUCGCCCCCGACACCAUGGCGGCGCUGCUCCGCGACAGCGAGUUCAUGCAGUUCGUGUCGUGAUCGGUCCGCCAGCGCGCGCGUGACUAUUGGUCCAUCGUGACACACAUGCCGUUGGGCGGCGGCUUUGGUCCGGCGGUCCGGCCGUUCCUGUCUAGUUUAUGCUAAGAUAUACUGUAUCCGUUUUUCGUGUGCCAGGGUGCCGUGGCAGCAGGCAGUGGUAACUAGUGGAGUACUUGAAUUGAUUAGCUUGUUAGGCAGCAAGCGUUGCUAAGGGUAAGGGGGGAUGGAUGCACCGUGGAGCUAAUGAAACUGCUCAAUUGCGAAAGUCUUCCCGGCGUUCAAGUACGGUGAACUGAUUCGCGGUUGAUUAGAAUGGUUUUUUACCUUUUUUGAACGGAUUUACUGGUGUGAAGCUUUUGUUUUACCCAAUAGUUACAACCCCGGACUAGUUCUUCCUCCGUUUUCUAUCUACGGGGAUCGAUUUUUGUCAUGAAAGGAAACUGGCUAUGAACGGUACGGAUGAUGCAUUUUUAUGGUUUUUUCUUGUUGACUUUGUACAGUAGUUAAUGCAGUCUUACAAAAUGUUCUUUACCUGCCCUAGAUAAUGUAUUUAACUUUUGCCACUUUUAAAAUUGGAUGAUAACAGAUAUGUCACUUGUUGUCUAUGCAUGUGGGUCCUCAUAUGUCUAUGACAUGUGGAUCCAGUGA